AUGGACCCGAUCAAGAAGCGCAAAAUCGAAAACAACGGCGCGGCGGAGAUGGACGCCGGCGUCUUCAGCUCCUUCAUUCUCACACCUGACGACGCCCGCAAAAUCAUCGAGCCUUUCACCCGCGAGCAGCUUCAAGAGAUUGUUCAGACUGCAGUCCUGCGCCACCCGGACGUCCUGGACGCCGUACGAUCUUUCGCCGAUCGUGACGUCGCUCAGAGGAAGCUCUUCAUCCGCGGCCUCGGCUGGGAGACCACCACCGAGAAGCUCCGGGCACUUUUUUCGCCCUACGGCGAGCUGGACGAGGCCGUGGUCAUCCUGGAUAAGGUCACCGGAAAGUCGAAAGGGUUUGGAUUCAUCACUUUCAAACACGUGGACGGUGCCAUCAUGGCUUUGAAGGAGCCGAGCAAGCAAAUUGAUGGGCGGAUGACGGUCACGCAGCUUGCUGCAGCUGGGAGUUCGGGCGGUGGCGGGGCCGGUGCGGGUGGUGCCGGUGGUGGUGUGAACGGUUCAGUGGACGUAUCUACGAGGAAAAUUUAUGUAUCCAAUGUGCCGUAUGAUAUGCCCUCCGAGAGGCUUCUUCAGCAUUUUGCUAGGUACGGGGAGAUUGAGGAGGGGCCGUUGGGGUUCGACAAGGCCACGGGGAAGUCCAAGGGGUUCGCACUUUUUGUCUAUAAAACUGCUGAGGGCGCCAGGGCAUCAUUGGUGGAUCCUGUGAAGAAUAUUGAUGGCCACCAGUUAAACUGUAAGCUGGCAAUUGAUGGAAAAAAGGGGAAGCCUCCCGGGGCUGGAGCUGUGGGGCCCAUUGGGACCCAUGGGGUUAAUCAGGGGAAUGGGGAAGGAAAUACGGUUGCAAUGCCUGGAGGACAGUAUGGUGGUCCAGGUGGGAUUGCUGGGCAUUAUGGUGGUUUAGGUGGCCAAGGAUUAUCAGCCACUGGAAAUCAAGUAGCGGGAUCCAAUUUAGGGGCUGGUGGUGGUUUUGGUUAUGGAAUGGGUGGGCCUUAUGGUGGUGGUUCUCAUUUUGGUGGGCCUAUGGGAGCUGCGUAUGGCGGAUUGGGUGGUAGUGCAGGUGGUGGGUAUGCUGGGGUUGGAGCUGGAUUGAGUGGUGGUGGUCGUGGAUUAUCUUUGUAUGGUUUGCCACCUAGCUCAGCUGGGAUGGGUUCUGGUGAUUAUCCACAGGGUGCAGAUUACAAUGUAACUUCUGGUGGGUAUCCAAGCCUUCAUAAGCAACCAAGAGUUCAACCUGGGGGGUCUUACCAGGGCAUGCCUCCUUACUACUGA